AAAACCAAAUUUUUGUAUUAGUUUGAAAAAAGCCAGUCAAUGAGAGAGUGAACGGGAACGUCUUCGCUUAUUUGUUAAAAAAGUAGUUAAAUAAACGGUUAAGUACCUGCCAACGUCAUGAGUUCUAAAUCCUAUUUUGAUGAGCCUGGAGAUGAAGGUGGCAAAUUGUCGAAAAAGGCCAAGGAUUCCCCAUUUAUGGUUGUGGGUCUGGCUGGUUUCGUUGCUGCCGGUCUCAUUGGCGCCUAUAAAUACAAACAUCGUGGAACGAUGAGCACAAGCGUGUUCCUUAUGCAGUUACGUGUGGCGGCGCAGGGCACAGUUGUUGGAUGUCUGACACUAGGUCUAGCAUACACCAUGUACAAUCAAUAUUUUAUGCAAAAACCUAAAGAAGAUACUAAAUUGUCCAGUUGAAAUAGUUUGCCCAAUUUGUGUUUAGCUUUAGCAAAAUUAACUUAACAAACACCCAACACAAAACUCAUAAAAAUGUAACGAAACGAUGAAAACAAACGUACCAUUUCUCAGGAGAUUUUUGUAUUGCCCUGUGAUAUUGAAUUGAUGAUAAAUAAACCUGUUAUGUCUGCAUGAAGAAGAAGAAGAUGAAGCUGUACGUUUAAAUACUAUAUGUCUAACUAACAAAAAAUGUAUAUCAUUCUUUUAUUUAUUUCAAAACCAAACACAAAUAGAGAAAAGUAUUUUACAAAAUAAAUAAAAACCAACAAUGUACAUACUUUACAAUAUAAAUGACGUUUUUAUUAAAUAAAUUGUAAUUUUGAGUUUAUA